GAAUAUGGUGCGAUUCAUCGUUUCACAGCAAAAUGAGUAAGUGAAGAGAAAAAAAUGUGUUCAACCGAGAGAACAAAAGAAAAAAAUCGAAAAGACGCGCUUCGUAACGCGUUGAGCUGCCAUCUCGCAAGCAUCGACGACACAAAACCAUUGCAAAUCGUUCACACAUUCGCACAAACGCCACAUUGCCAACGUAAAAGCAAUGAAGCGGCUCAGCCAAAUACGUUCAUGUUGUUGUUUUUUUUUCUUGUUCAUUCGUUUCGUCUCUGUCCGUGUGUUCGGGUACGAAUGAGAAGAAAAUGCGCAUCGAAGAUACAAAAUGGAUGGCGUGAUCUGGUGUAAAAUUGCUGAAAACGAACUAAAAAUCACACCAAUACACACAUACACGCGCGCGCGUUACAUCGAAUGGCAAACAAACACGUAUGUGCGCUCUCUUGUGUGUAUAUUGCUCCCUGCGACCAAGUGAAAAAUAAAAACCAAAUGAGCAUUCAAACUCAAUGAGAACAUGAGGAAAACAGUCUCCAUUCAGUUUGAAGAAACGACGCAAUAAAUAAGUUUGCUGUAAGACCCAACUGGAAAGAGUUUUGAAAUGCGUCGUUUUGUAGUAUUGAGUCGAAAAAAAAUGCGUUUUUGGUGUCGCGUUGAAUGCGUACUACGUGUAUGUUGGAUAUGAAAAUGGCGCGCAUUGAAUAGCCGAUCUCUCUCCAAUUUGAUUCACUUUCGAAUGCAUGCAUCUCUGUCUGGCUCACGGUGUGUUUCGAGGUCGCUGUGAUACAGUUUUCGUGCACACACGGUUCGGUUGCUGGUGCUGCUGUACGUACGCAUACAAUCGACUCAAAAGAUACCUGCAUACAUAAGCAUAUACAGUGGCGAAUAGAGGCUCUCAAUAUGAUACACGGAGAGUCACAGGCAACACAAACUCAACGACCGAAUUAAAACACAUGGACACAAAUGAAUGUAGCAAAACAUGAACGCACGGAACAAUUUUUCGUUCGUUUGUUCUACUCUAUGAAACGCGUACAUUGCGCGCGCUACACGCACACCAUUACAUCAGUACCUCCGUUCGGAGUUCGUAGUCAGUGACUACGUGCCCGCACAUCGUUACCUCUCACUCAACAUCACCAGCAUUCGUCUUGCUCGCACUCGUUCAGCCGCAGCAAUUUUUAGCUCCGAUGCAUGCAUGCGAAAGUAGCAGCAACAACAACGACAACGCCAUCGAACGACCGAAUGAGAGAGACGAGGAGAAAAGAAGAAUAAAAAAACAACCACACCAGCAGCGCUGCUGUGUGACCGUAGUGAGUGAGGAAUUGUUGGCCGCCAUUGUUGAAAAAUUUUUCGUUUGCGCGAGACACACUCAGGCAUUACACACAGGAAAAAAAAACGACGAAUGGAUUUUGUGCGUUGUGUCGAAAUCAAAAAAAGAACAAAAUAGACUCAGUUUCAUGUUUUGUGUGUGAAUUUCAUCAUCAAAUUUUUUUUCACCAAAUUUUAUCCGUGAGAAAAAAAAAGGGAAUUUUAGUGCAAAAACAAUCGAAAUGUGUAUAAUCGAAAGAGAGUGAAAAGAAGACGAAGAGAAAAAAAAAAGAAGAAGAAAGAAAAAACGUAGUGUGUGGUUAUUGAGAAAAAAAAAAGUGUAUAAUAAAACGGCAGCGACGUCACAGGAAUAAAAGCAGCCAAAAGAACGAGUUGAAUUGUGAGUUUUAAAACAAAGUGAAUCCAAUAUUUCGAACAAAAACCGAUAGAAGAGUAGAAAAAAAAACAACAAAAACAGCAACAUUUCCCUCGGUACGGGACAAACCAAAAGGUGUGAACCUCUCUCAGUUGUGCAUAUAUAGAACGGAAUAGAUAGCAAAAUAAGAGUUUUUUUCCUCCUCUCUCGAUACUGCUCUGCCAGUCGUUGUUGUUUUUGUUGUUGUUAAUUGUAUUUGUAUGCAUAUUGUUGCUACUAAAGUAACCACUUAGUCAAUUAAAGCCACUGAUUUUCGGUUCGAUGUGAUCUGAUCCGAUGAAUUCAAUUGCAAAUGUACGGAAUAAAAGGAAAAAAAUUAUGCUGCUCAUUUUAUUUUCAAAUUUCGAGUCAAGAAAAUGUGUGUUUGAUCAAAUUUCCGAAUGACGACUAUGUGUGCGAGUGUGAGCGAGAGCGAACGUGUGUAAAAAAGGAAUGAGAUAGAGCAAGCAUUUAGAACGUAUUGACGACGACGACGACGACGGCGGCCACUACAGCGACAUAUGAUGAAAAUUAAAUUAUACGCGUAUACAUGAAGCACUAGUUUUUUUUUUUCGUUCAUUCGUUCACCCGUCUUCAUUUCUCGUUCAAUAUUGUUGGCUCAUUCGGUGCGAGUGUGCAUGUGGAUGUAUAUGGGAUAUGGCUAUUCGAAGUGAAAGCGAUGAAAAGGGAGUGAAUUGCAUGUGCAUAGGCAUCACCGGCAUACAGCAGAAACGGAGACAAGAAUCUGUUACAAAUACGCACGAGACCACAUCAAAUAACUACUUAAGAGAGCAGCAAGAAAAAAAAGCCGUUUGAUUUAGUGAGACAAGUGAAAAGUGACAAUUGAAACUGAAUAGCAGUGAACUGAUUUUGUGAAUUCAUCGCCAAAGUGCAAAGCAAAGCGCUCGAAAAUUGGUUUAAAGCAAACAAAAUUACAGCACGACGUCGAUUACAGGCUUCGCUAUAUACCAAUUGGAAUAAAAAAAAAACGAUGUGCUGAUACAGAGAGGACAUGGUUGCACGGGAGUGAGUGAAACAAAUCGAUUCUCACUACGAACAUUUGGUUUUGCCGUAGCGUAGUCGCGAGUGUGACAGAGACGUAACGAUGCAACGCAUGCCUCGUACUGCAACCCAAACGAAACAAAGAUAGAAGAACGAAGCGAGGAAAGGAAGGAAAAAAACGUUGUUUCCGUACCCAACUGUGGUAUCGUGAGUGAGUGUGUGUAGUUUUUGCAUUAUAGUAAGCGCUGUGAUGCGUAUAUCGCUUUCUCAUACACAAACCCACUACGUGUAUGAAUAGGUAGUGAGUGAGUGAGUGAGAGCAUCAGUUUUUGCUCGACCGACGACGACGACGACGAAAAAAACGCUCGCUCACACAGACUCUCACCAUACAAACAAUUGAACAGACCUGCGAACAAAAAUAAUCAGUGAAAUAACAAGCACACUCGUGAACUCUUGUCGUGUAUUUCUUUUUCUCUGUUACUUUUCACAUAACCAAUUCAAUGGAAUUUCUUUUCUUCAGUUGAGUUUUGAAAAAUUGGAAAAAAAAUAGUUUUUAAAAGAAGAAUAUUCUUUUGGUUUUUUGAUAAUCGCGUGUGUUUGUGCGUAUUUAGCUCAUUGAUAAACCAAACGGUUGCAACAUACUGAUUUCAACAGGAAAGUGCUCACACAUAAAAAAUCGUUCACGAAUCGAAGCAACGCAACUCAUCACUGUUUUGUGGUUGUUUCGAUGAUUAACCACUCUAUGAAGUCCAAAUGUGGGGAAAACAGUGGCAAUGGCACCCGCAUUAACCGAACCAGUUAGUCAUCGUCAGUCAAAAAUAUCAUCACCAGCCCAAGCCUCAUCACCGCGCCCAAUCAUAAGUGACGUUAGCGAACAAACGCAAACCACCACCGCCACAAAUCCUCAUCAUCGUUUGGCUCUGCAGACAAACGGUGGAGGAGUUGCAAUUGGUAAUAGCUUUGCAGCCACAAAAGACGUGCAAACAACCAUACAAAUCGAUAAUAAUCAAUUAGACGAGCAACUAUUACAACAAUCACCGAAGAAGAGCAGCCAAUUCAAAGCUGAUCAUUUCAUUGCACCAGAUUUCCAGUCGACAUUCACCCAGCAUAUACAAACAUCGAAUGGGCCGAGCAUUGGUCCAUCGUUUGUCACGCACAUGGAUCAACCAAAUAAUGACCAGUCCAUUGUCACCGACCAGUUUCAACAGCAUCAGAAUGCUGACAAUGACCUCCUCAAUGCGAUCGUUCAAGGGACACAGGGAAACAAUCAGCUCGAUUGUGGCAUCAAUCCCAUCGACAGCAACAUACAAGCGACCGUGGAGCAGUUGUUCGCCGAAACGCAUCAGCAGGAGUUUCAGCAGUUGUUGCAGCAGCAGUCGCAUGAUUCCAGCCAGCAAUUGGAUCAGCAGCUCACUUUUGCAUUGCAACAAACACAGUUCCAGACGUCACAGCCCAUGGACUUGUUGAUGUCUGGCGAUCAAUCGCAACAAGCAUCGAGUAUGCCGACACGAGUCGACGAUGGCAGUACAAUGAAUGCCAACACAAUGAACUCAUGCCAGAAUGCCAUGUCCAACCAAAUGCAGUCUGAAAUGGAUCAAAUGCUCGACAUCGAUUUUAUGCAAGUGUUGAAAUGCUUCGAAUCCGCACCGGCCGGCGAAAAUCUGGGCGAUUUAGCCGGUGGUCUGUCACUAUUCAACGACAUGGAUGUUAUGAAUAUCGGUUUCGAAGAUGUAUCAACGACGAGCAUGUCGCGCGAGUCUCGAACGCAGGAAAUGUUGAGCGAGAUUGAAAAGAAGCGCGAGAAAAUGAUUCGAGAUUGUGAUUUCAUGAUGCGACGCUUGCGUAAAAUUCAGGCACGCCACAUGGGCCGUCACGUGAGUGAAGAGGUCGGUGGCUUGUUCGAGUACACACAACAAUUGAUUAAGAGAAAAGAGCGCGAAACCAAAUCCAUUUCGACAAUGACGCCAAUCAAUCAGUUGCACAGCGAUAAACACAAACUCAACUCAGCCACAUCAUGGAAAAUGUUGCUGAAACGAAUCGAACAUGCGGCUGGCAGUCAACACUCGAAUACAUCGAGCAGCAAGAUUUUGGGCGGCAGUUCAACGGCUGACCAUCAUGCGAUUAGUUCGGGAGUAUCGACGACGGGUACCGGAGCGGCAGCCAAGCCAUCAGUGAUUACAUGUGUGCCUCCAUUCGAUGCAAACGGCAUUCAGCAACUGAAACAGUGUGCCGGUUUGUUAAAUGCCGAGCUCAAAUUGGUCGGCAAAUCAUUCGAUUCGGAUGCAACGGAAAGUAGUUCUGGUGGCGAAUCAGCUGACGAGGGAAUCACAUACAAUAACCCAACUCAACAACCAUUAUCCAUUACAAAACGAGCUGCGUAUCGAUGGGCACGUGAUCGAGCAAAGAUCGCCUCACGAUGGACAUGGCUCUUGGCACAAAUCUCCGAUUUGGAAUACCGAAUUCGACAACAUCAAGAAUUGUAUAUUCUCUUGAAGAAGAGCAAUGGUCAAGUGACGUUCGAAGACGGAGAGCCAGUGGCAUCGACCAGUGCGUCGUCAGAAUCGACUCAACCGCUAUCGGUCAAUGGUUACCGAGGACUUUUACCUGGAAGCAUUCGACUGGAUGGUUUGGAGGAUGUCACAUCGAAAUUGUAUGGCAACAACAACGAAGAAGUGGAACUGAAUGGCUCGGCUCGGACCAGAGCAUUCAAAGCUAGCGCAUUCAAAAAGCGAAAACUUUUACAAAGUACAAAUCUACACAAAAUAUCGAGGCGCGCUGCGAGACCAUGUACAAUCAAAUGUGGUUGUCGGUGGCCAGUGCAUCCGUGCCUAUUGUGUACGGGUCGAACCGAUCCGACUGCACCACGUGAUCUACCAGAUAUGAUGUCAACUCAGGAGAGUGUCGCACUUUUGGAUCCAUGCUAUCAUCCGAUACUUAGCUUCCCUGAAGAUGUGGCACAAAAUAUUUACAUGGAGGCGACACUGCGUCAGCCGGAGUGGCAAACAAAAGUGGCUCGAGCAUCAUCGAAAGCGGUCAUUAAAAGUGCGCUAGCACUUCAGAAAGCCAGCGAACGUGAUGAGAAUCGAAGCCUAGCUGCAACUGGUGUUGCAUCGCGCAAGAACUCUGACUCAACGCAUUCAACGAUCAAUUCGAAGAAAAUGUCGCCGAAGAAAUUCAAAUUAGUUGCAACCAAGUUGAAGAAAUCGCAGAACAACGCCGCUAACAACAAUCGAAAGAUGAAGAAAUCGUCGCAUGCACCGAAGGUGAAGAAGAACAUGUCUCGGAAAAAUUCACACAUGUCAGCCACUAGUUCCGAUCAUCAUGACAUGGACGUUGGCAGCCCGAACGGGUCUGUAUCACGCAGCAAAAAUCCAUCACCGAUUCCGGGACACAGCUAUCGAAACUAUGAACGAUUUCAUUCGGAGCGACGUCACAACAAAAACGCUUACGACAUCGAUAAUAUUGUGAUCCCCAGCACCGUAUCGUCACGCGUCGAAAUCCUUUCUUACAAAGAAAUCCCAACGCCGAAAUGGCGCGUUAUCGAAGAUGAUGCUGAAAAUGUAAACACUGCUAGUCACGAGGAGCCGGAGGAGGAGCCAAAACCCGUUGAACCAGUGGAGGUUCCGAGUACGUCUAACGAUGAAGACAUCAGUAAUGAGGCGUAUGCACAACGCCACGAACGAGCACUGGCCGAUGAGCGAAAGAAGUUCACAACCUUCUUGAAAUUCCCAUAUAGCACACGAUCACGGGCCAAUCGUCGCAUCGAUAGCCAAUCGAGUGGCGCAAACACACCGGACCCAAUGUCACCGGCACCCAGCACACCAGCUGCUGCCAUCAAUAUCGAUCAAGAGUCCGCGCCGCCAACGCCGCAAUCCGUUGAUGCGCCUGGAGAUUCGACACAAGAAAGUGGAAAGCACAACAACAACAAUAUCACCAGUGCGAAUAACAAUGGCAUAAACCCGAUACCAGUAUCAAAACUGAAGCAUGAACGUCGUCGGACGGUUUCGUUCCGCAAAGGCAUAGAUCCUCGUGAAGAGCUUCUUCGCCGCAGUACUACACCGGAUGUUAAAGAGCUGAUACCACCGUACGAGCCGUUAAGUUUCCCAUUGCCGGGCGACACGCUAGAGCAGAUGAUUCAAAGUAUGCCGACAAGCUACAAAGAAAUCAUCAACAGUUGCAUAGAUCAAGUGGCGGGUGUGAAAUUUCAAAUGCAAACGUCAACCACAGACUCAAUUCCGACGCCGACCACAAUGCUAGCGCCCAACUGUAAAAGUCGCCAAACGACACAGCAAUAUUCGGAUCUAACUAUGUUAGCAGAAGAUAGUGAUGAAACGGAAUCCAUGCAAGAAGAUGCAAAUGAUCCGGAGUGGAACUUUGAGCCGCCACAUAGGAUUCAGAAAACACAAUAAACAUCUGGUCAUUCUCGAACGUUUUAGAUAACAGAGAAAAUCAAAUGAUUGUCGUUGCAUUUAUCAUUGAAAAAAUUACAUAAAUUUACAAGAUUCUAUCUGAUGUUAACGUAAUUCUUUUGUUUAUUUAAAUGCGCUAGGGGAGAGUAGUAAAUUGUGAAACACCUAUCGAAAUCGAUUGAAAAUGAAGAAAAAUUAAUAGAAAUGGUUAAAUAAAUGCUUUGAAAUGACAAAAAAAAAAGAUUUUUUCAAUGAAAAAAUUCUGAACAUUUUCAAUUUUGAUCAAUCGGAAGUAGUCAAAUAGGGCAUUUUGAAUGAAUAGCUCAAUCGCGCAAAAUACAUGUAAUAUUGUUUCACAAUUUUGCAUUAAACUGAUAAAUAUGCAUAUUAAUUGAGAAAUUGACUUGAAAUAAUUAAAAAUGACGUUGACAAAUUUCAAGGGUUUUUCAUAAUUCCUCACUCGCUAAAGUUUUCAACAUAGCGUCGUAUGCGUCACUCAACGAAUGUUCAUGAGCGUACCAUACGUGCACAUGCGUCGAGUGAUAAUGGGAAAAUAGGCUCAUACUUAAAAAACAUUAAAACAGUUGUCUGUGUUUAUCAAAUAUUUCAAAUCGCUAAGAAAACGAAGUAUUUCACAAUUCCUCACUCUCCCCUACUACGUUUGCUGAAGCUCUGUAGUGAGUUUCUUCAAGCAUUUUUUGUAUAUAGAUUUCUAUUUGUUAACUAAAAACAUAAUUUAGUGAAGACAAAACAGAUACAACAUCAACAACCAAUUUAAAGUUGAAAUUUCAAGUAAUCGAAUAAUUUCUUCUUUGUUUUCAUGUAAGCAUAAGUUGGUUGUAGCAAAUAAUGAAAAAAAAGACCGUUGAUUUUAAGCUAGAGCUCCCUGUAUUUGGCAUUUUAGUCCAAAAUAGCAAAAGAAACACUUUAAUAAAGAGAAGAAAAUAAACCAUUCAGGAAAAGUUAACUAUUAGAAUAUAUGUAGAAAUCGUCCAGAGACGAUAUCAAAUAAUCAGAUGAUACAUUUAGCAUUAAUUUACACACCCCCUCUGAAACGUAUAAUAGCCCAAUCGACAGCUUGUACAUAAACCACAUUCGAUUGACACAUUUUACCGAAUUGAUAAUAAUAAUAAAUUACGCCUGGCUUCUUCUUUUUCAUAGCA